AUGGAUAUAGAUAACACAAUUUCAAGUAAGUAUGAAGUUGACCUUCAAGCAAUUCAAUGUCAAAUGUGUGCUGAAGAAAGAGAAAAAUUGAAGUAUCUUCUUCAACAAAAGAGAAACAACAGAGGUUGUCAUCCUGCAUCAACAUCUGAUUCUGUUGAAAGGAGUCCAUUUUCAAAAACUUCAAGUGUUUCAUGCACCAAUGUUCAGAGAAGGAAUGUGUAUCAUCUUCCUGUUUAUGCUACUCCAAAUAUUAGUAGUAAUUUGUUUUACUCAUCUACACAAGUAAAAGAUAAGACAACUUCAAGUAGGUAUGAAGUUGACCAUCAAGCAAUUCAACGUCAAAUGUGUGCUGAAGAAAGAGAAAAAAGGAAGUAUGUUCUUCAACAAAAGAGAAACAACAGAGGUUGUCAUCCUGCAUCAACAUCUGAUUCUGUUGAAAGGAUUCCAUUUUCAAAUACUUCAAGUGGUUCAAUCAACAAUGUCGAAAGAAGGGAUGUCCAUCACACUCCUUUUGGAAGUACCAAGCAAAUAUCCAAUUUUGUUGAGAGGACUCCGUUAUCAGAUAUUACAAAUUGUGGAAUAUCUAAAAUUGAAUUACAAAUGAGUGAUGAGAUGUUACCAGAUUCUGUGGUUAAGAAGAUUCAUGGAAUUUCUAAAGAUUAUAUUGAUCAUGGAGAUGCCAUAUUUGUGUGUUGUAAAUGUGAUGCAAUUUCUCACAUAGAAUGCAAAACUACAAGAAACAACCAGCUUGAUAGUACAACCAUAGAGGGUCUUAAAGAUAUGUUGGAUUCUUGCAAUCCUCUUGUCCAAUCCUUCAGAAUGGUAAGAGAUUGUUUUCAAGAAAAUGAGUUUCAAGAUGUAAGCUUGAAGCUUAUUGGAACAAGAGAUAAGGAUGGAAGAGUUCACAAUUUGCCAACAGCAUCAGAAAUUGCUGCUUUAAUACAUGGUGAUUUUGAUGGAGCAUUUGAUAAACGGGACAUUGUUGUUAGAAAGAAGUCUGGUGGUCUUCAAAGAAUCAAUGAGCUUCAUCCCUCUUACCUUGCUUUGCAAUAUCCACUUAUUUUCCCAUAUGCUGAAGAUGGUUAUAGAGUUGGUAUUAAACAUAGAGGGAUUGCAAUUGAUGAUGAGAAUUUGAAUGCUACUACUGAAAGUGGAGAGAAUAAUGCCUCAAGUUGUGGUAAACCUAUACUUUUACCUUCAUCAUUUACUGGUGGUUCUAGAUAUAUGAUGCAAAAGUACUUGGAUGCUAUGGCAAUUUGCAAGUCUGUUGGAUAUCCCGAUUUAUUCAUAACGGUGACUUGUAAUCCAAACUGGCCUGAGAUUUACAGGUGUCUGCACGAUAAAGCUCUUAAUGCUGAAGACAGACCGGAUAUUAUCUCUAGAAUAUUCAAGUGUAAAUUGGAUCAUCUUAUAAAAGAUUUCAAGAAACAUAAAUUCUUUGGUGAUAUACAACCAGUUAUGUAUACAGUGGAAUUUCAGAAGCGUGGACUCCCACAUGCUCACAUAUGUUUGUUCUUGGGUGCUGAAAGCAAAUUUCCAAAUGCAUCUGAUAUUGAUCGUGUUAUUACUGCUGAGAUACCAGAUAAAGAAAGAGAUCUUGAAUUAUAUGAGUUUGUCAAGCAAUUUAUGAUUCAUGGACCAUGUGGUACAGACAACCCACUUUGUCCAUGUAUGGUUCAGCAAAAAUGUUCUAAAACGUUUCCCAAAAAAUAUGUAGAUGAGACUUGUGUUGAUUCUGAAGGAUAUCCAGUCUAUCGUCGCCGUCAAACAAGUAAUACGGUAGUAAAGAAUUGUGUGACACUUGAUAAUAGAUUUGUAGUUCCUUACAAUACUCUCCUGCUCAGAAAGUAUCAAUGCCACAUUAACGUUGAAUGGUGCAACCAGUCAGGUUCUAUCAAAUAUUUGUUUAAAUUUAUUAAUAAGGGGCCUAAUAGAGUGACUACUUCUGUUUUUCAAGCCAAUAGCACCAAGAAUAAUACGGAACAGAAUGUAGCUGUAGAUGAGAUAAAAGCAUACCAUGAUUGUAGAUAUAUCUCUGCUUGUGAAACUGCUUGGAGAAUAUUCAUGUAUAUUAUACAUUAUAGAUAUCCAGGUGUUGAAGUAUUACCUUUUCAUUGUGAAGAUGGUCAGAGUAUUAUGUAUAACCAUCAUGAUAAUUUGUGUGAUAUUGUUACUGAUCCAACUGUGAAAAUGACAAUGUUUACAGAGUGGAUGAAUUGUAAUAAAGUCGAUGAAUUUGCCAGGACAUUGAGGUAUGUUCAGUUUCCGGGAUAUUAUGUAUGGAAUGCUAAAAAUCGCAAAUGGAAUCGAAGAAAGCAUCCGUAUGGAUCAAUUGGGAAGGUACAUUAUGUCCCACCAUCACUUGGUGAUUGUUAUUACCUAAGGAUUUUACUGAAUCAUAUUAAGGGACCAACCUGUUUUGAAGAUAUAAAAGCAAUUGAUGGGCAAGUUUUUAAAACAUUUAAAGAUGCAUGUUUUGCACGGGGGCUGUUGGAUGAUGUUAAAGAAUAUGUUAAUGUUGUCAAAGAAGCUAGCACAUGGUCAACCAGAGAUUUCUUGAGGGCCUUUUUUGUAAUGUUGUUGCUAUCAAAUUCGAUAUCUUGUCCUGGUGAUUUUUGGUCAGAAACGAAGUCCCUGUUAUGUGAAGACAUUUUGUAUCAGCAACGAAAGAUAACUGGUAUUGCAGAUUUGGAUCUUCAACAGGAAGAACUUGAAUGUCACACCCCGACCACGUAG